AUGAUCCAACAUGGCUAUGCGGCGACGCGGCCGGGACAGCAGGCUUGGGCACCAACCUUUCAGGUCUCCCCGCAGCCCAGGCCCGCCUUCGCGCGACCAUGUCAAGUGCGGCCAGGUGCUGUGCUCAGACCGAUGCCGGCACCGACGCUGUUUGUGACCUCAGGUGCCACGGCUGCGGCAGCUGUGGCGGGGCCGGGGCCUGCGGCACCGGUGUCGGUGUUGGGGCCUUGCGGGGUGAUCACAAGUGGGCCCAGGGAGCUGUUGGUUGCGCGGGACUUGGUGCAGAAGCAGCGUGCUGAACCGGAUCAGCGUGACCAAGCCUACCAAUGCUGGAUCCAGGCCCUGGCUGCCUGGGGCGUGCUGGAGGCCUUGCCGCUGGACCACCGCGGCGCGUUGCAGGUCUCUGCACCGUUCUGCCACGACUUCUUCGAGGCACCUCAUUUGCUGCCUUUCUUGAAGUCUCAGAUCUUGGAGAAAGGGAAGGCGACGCGGAUCGAGGUAGAGGGCUGUGACGUGAGGCCUCAAGAGUUUUGGUGGUCUGCUUGGGAGAAAUGGACGGAACAUGAAUUCGCAGGUCGCAUCCAGUUGCACUUGCAGCAGCAGGACUUAGUGCAGAGUGCCCAGCGCCCGGCAGGGCUGAUCUUGGCGGCGCAUCCAGAGGUCACCAACGGUGGGCCUUGGCUGCCAAUCCUACGGCAUGUGCUCGCCAGCCGGGCCAAGGGCGGCCGAUGUGUCUUUGCCACCUUCUACCGCCAGGAAGCGGAGGCGUGCGUGCAGAUCUGCCGCAUGGAGAAGGUGCAGGCGGAGAUCCGAGAGAAUCCGUUUUAUGCCGGCCGCCCGGCAGACGAGGUGGGCACCUUCCAUCGCUUCGCGGUGCUUCUGGAGCCAGCGCGCUGA